AACGAGAUUCCCUGGUGUUUAUAUGGAUCACAUAUCCGCUUUUGGAGCGACUGUGAGAAAGAAAGUAGUGGCACGAUGUUCCACGGCCAAGGUAACCUUUCAGAUGACUCUGAUGAAGAUAGUGGGGGGAUGACCAUAGAUGAAGGGUGGAAAAAAGGAGGAUUUGGAGCCAAGAAAAGAGUGCUCCAUGUGGAAACAAAUGAAGAGGGAAAUGCAGUUGAACCACCCACAAAGAAAAAGAAGGGUGCUGAAUACUCAAGCAAAGCACAGAAAAUGAUGGCAAAAAUGGGUUACAAAGAAGGCAGUGGAUUAGGAUUAAAUAAACAGGGCAGAGUAGACCCUGUUGAGGCAUCAAAGCAAAGGGGAAGACGAGGUCUUGGAUUGCAACUUGGGGCAUUUGAGCCUGCAGAUGUAGAAUGGAGCUGGGAAGAUGUCUCUGCAAAGGAAACAGUGGAGUGGAUGCCUUCAUGUACAGACCCAGUCCCAUCCAUAGAUACAAUGGAAUCAUGGAUGAGAGAAGGAAAGAAAAAGUUAACAAUUGAUGACGAAACUCAAUUUUGUACUGAAUCAGUCCUACAAGAUGUACUGAAAUGCAAGAGUAUGUUUGAUAUACUAGAGCCAGAAGAGAUGCGCAGAGCCAGGACAAGGUCUAACCCAUAUGAGACUAUACGUGGAGCCAUAUUCUUGAAUAGGGCUGCUGUUAAGAUGGCCAACAUGGACGCAGUUCUAGAUUUUAUGUUCACCAACCCAAAGGACAGAGAAGGGAGAAGCGUUGUUGGUCCAAAUGAGUUACUAUAUUUUGCUGAUGUCUGUGCUGGUCCUGGUGGUUUCAGUGAAUACAUACUGUGGAGGAAAAAAUGGCAUGCUAAAGGUUUUGGUUUCACACUGAAAGGACCCUGUGAUUUCAAGCUGGAGGACUUCCUGGCUGCACCCAGUGAAAUGUUUGAACCUUACUAUGGUGUCAAUGAUGAUGGGGACAUUUAUAGGCCAGAAAACCUUAUCUCUCUGCAAAAAUUUGUUUUGGAGAACACAAACAAUAAAGGAGUCCAUUUUGUCAUGGCUGAUGGUGGAUUUUCAGUUGAAGGUCAAGAAAAUAUCCAGGAAAUUUUGUCCAAAAGGUUAUACCUGUGUCAAUUUUUAGCUGCCCUUAUGCUACUGAGGGAUGGUGGACAUUUUGUUUGCAAACUUUUUGAUAUCUUCACUGCAUACAGCGUUGGGCUUGUUUACCUGAUGUACAAGGCUUUUGAACAUGUGGCCAUUUUCAAACCAGUUACAAGUAGACCUGCAAAUUCAGAGAGGUACAUUGUAUGUAAAUAUAAGCGUCAAGAUGCUCAGGCAGUGACAGAUUACAUGUAUCACAUCAACCUAGCCCUGGAAAAGAUGGGAAGCACCAGUGACAAUGAUAUAAUAGAGGUGGUCCCAGAUAAUGUCAUGAGAAGUGAUCACAAGUUUGUGGAUUAUAUCAUUACAUCAAAUGACAACUUGGGAAUAAAACAGGCAUUGAACUUGGCCAAAAUACAAGCCUUUGCAAAAAAUCCUGAUUUGUAUGAAGAGAGACAAUCACUUAUGAGGGCAGAAUGUUUAGAGACAUGGCAGAUCCCAGACAGUGUGAGAACAGCAGCAUCUAAAGUGGAGGCCAAGACAAAAUUUAAAGAAUUAAUAAAAGGAGAGAAUACAGAUUACUUUAAACACACUCCAGCUGUACUGGAUCAGACAAAGCUGAACUGUAUGAAGAGUGUGUUUGACUACAGGUGCUAUGUUGUAGGGGGUAAUCAGAGAUUGUUUCUGUUGAGUCUUGGAAGAGCACACAUCUACAAGUGGGAUGGUCGGCCUGAAACACCCUGGAGAAAACUUGAGGAAAUCAAGCUAGAGCUUCCAAAAGACACUUUGCUAGAAGGAGAACUGGUUCAAGAGUUAAAGGGAGAGGGAAAAGGCCAAAGAAAACUCAUGACAUUUCAUGUCCUGGAUGCCAUGUUUAUUUGUGGAGAUGACAUCAGACAGGAACAUUUUAAUGUGAGGAUAGAGAAGCUAAGGUUAUUUGUGAAAGCACUUUCUAAGCCCAGUCGUUCUGACUUAGCACCUGUUAGAGUGAAGGAUAUAUAUAGAUUUGAAGAAAUAUCAGAACUUUUUGAUAGCUUAGAGAUGAAAUCUGUUAAGGGCUCUUCUUUCCCAAGAUUAUGCUAUUGUAAUAGCAGUGGCUGCCAUUUCUUACCUUCGGGGGUGUUCUUUGUCAAGACUGUCAAAGACCCUUGGGUGAUGAGUUUUAGUCGGAGCAGUAAUAGAAAGUAUUACUUUAACAAGAAGAAUGGGGAGUCCAUGUUUGCUACGCCACCAGAGUCCAUAGCUGAUGUGAGGGACACUUUAUUACAAAGAGUGUUUUGGCCAUGGGAAAGUGGAGUUAAAGUGCAUGAAAAACAGGAAAAGUGUGACCCUGACAAACUGUCAAAAAACCAACUACUCCAGUAUGUGCAUCAGAAGACUGUAGACAAGAAGAGAUAACUGAAGAUUGUAGAUCUAGAUAUUUCUGUCAAAUUUCAACAAAAAUACUAUAUUGUCUUUGGUACAAGAAGUGAUAAAUAUCAAUAUUAACAGCUUCCAGUGUUGAAAUUAGCAGCAAAUAUUCAUGGAGUAUGAAAACACAUAAUCUACAACACAUUGCGUAGAAAUGGAAGACAUUUUGGAAUCUGGACACUAUAUUCCUACAAGGUUGAGCUAUAUCAAUUGAAUGAGUAAUAGGUAAUUCAACUGUCAAAUCAUAUAUAGUAAUUGGCAGGAUUUUUUCAUAAAUCUGUUGAACAGAUAAAUACCCCAAAUGGUAAAUAGCUCUUUAAUGUAAAUACAUUGUCUCACUACAUAACGUAAGUGAAAUUAAAAAAAAAACUUAAGACUUUUCACUGAGAAAGCUAGAUAUAACAAGGAAAUAUUAAAACAUAGGGGGUUGGUUUAUAAAGGAAUAACACAGCAUGUUCUUUUUUUUUUGCCCUUGGUUAAAUUUGUUUUUGAAUUUUAAUAUCUUACAAACCCAUUUUGAAGAGAUGUUUGUGUAAUAGUUCUAAAAUCUAGCUGUGUGUGACUGAUUUGCCUAAUGGUUUCUGACAAACAAAAUAGG